GCGAAGCAUCUUCGUGAUUUUGAAAUUAGAAUUUAACAAUAUGGAUACAGAAAAGCCUAAAGAUGUUAAAUUAAGUGACGUAGAAUCUAAGAAAGAUGUAAAGAAAAGUGGAAAUAGUGAUGACUAUCUUGAAAAGACAAUUGGUGCUUUUGGUGCGUGGCAGGCUAAAGUAUGCAUUCUUGCAUCUCUGACAAGAUUUCUUGCGAUGUGGAACAUGCUAAACAUCAUGUUUCUGACAUAUGACAAUCGCUUCACUUGUGUUGAAUUCAAGGGGACUCAAGUAGCUAAUGUUACACCGUCAACGUGCUACGAUGAUUGCGUUCAGUACGAGUUUGAGACGGGGAUUUUUGUAAAAGGUUUUGUGGAGGAGUUUGGACUGAUUUGUGAGAGAGCCUGGAUGGCUAGUUUUACGCAAACUAUACUCAUGUUUGGAUUGCUGUUCGGUGUUUGGUUGUUUGGAUGGAUAUCUGACAGAUUCGGCCGCAGCCGAGCUAUAAUCUCCUCAGCUUGUCUCGUGGUGGUCCUCCAGUUUGGUUCAAGCUUCGCUCCAGACUACUGGACCUUUUGCGCCCUUCGGUUUCUCAUGGGAGUGGCCACGGGCGGGCAGAUGAUUGUAGCUGUGGUGAUCGUGCUGGAAGUGGUAGGAGCCAGACAUCGUGAGCUUGCAGGCGCCUGUAUUUCCUUACCGGACGGAAUAGCCGAAGCAACCCUAGUCGCUUUCGCUCACUUCGCCCCAACUUGGAGGAUCUACCUGUUUUCCAUCAGCGCUGCAUCAGCACUCUUAAUGCUCAUCCAGAUAUUGUUGCCCGAAUCUCCAAGAUGGCUGAUGUCUAGGGGACAAGUUGAUAAAGCAAAGAUGAUUAUGACCAAGGCUGUUACGUGUAACAAACUGAAUGCAGCUUCUCUAGAAGAAAAUAUUAACAGCAAAACUCCAGUCGAUUCAAAAAAGAAAAACAAUAAUACGUAUUUGGACCUAUUCAAAUCCAAAAAAAUGUCCAUUAAAACUCUGGCAGUCAUUUUCAUAUGGGUGACUCAUGGAAUGUGUUUCUUUGGCAUCAACCAAUAUUGUACGUUUUUGGGCUCCAAUGUCUUCCUGUCUGUUAUAGUAAUGGGCUUGAUUCAGCUUCCUGCCUGCUUCGUCGCAACAUGGUUGAACAAAGUAUACGGUAGAAAAGCAACCAUGAUAAGUAAUUUAGGAAUCACUGGCCUGACUAUGUUGUUACUUAUCUUUAUUAAAAAGGAUCACUGGGCCGCUUUAACUUUAGGAAUCAUUGGACUUUGGGCAGUUAAUAUUACUUGUAACGUCGCAUAUGUUUGGGUGUCUGAAUUGUUCCCUACUCCAUUAAGGAACAUGGCUUACGGUAUGGGGUCCUCAGGAGCUAAGGUUGGAGCUAUGAUUGCACCUUUUAUAGCAAAUCUUGGUCCUCAUUGGGUGCCAUCGUUGAUAUUCUCAGCUGUAUCGUUCUUAGCUGUAGGCGCUAGUUACGUUUUGCCUGAGACUAAGGGAAAACAAUUGGAAGACGAUAUAAAUCAUGCAGAUAAAUAAAAACAUAAAGAAGUUAUUUUUAAUUAAGUACACGUACAAGUAAAAUUAAUUAUAUUAAGGCAAUGAUUAACAUACUUACAAAUUACACUUGAAUUGUCAAUACGGACAACUAUUAAUUACCACAACUCUUUAAUACUACAAAACCUGCAUGUUUCUUUGGGUAUUAAUUACCUACUAAUUCUUAAGUUAAGGAACAAAAAUACCGGAUUAGGCCCUGACCUUGGUUUAACAAAUGUAGCACGUGAAAUGAAUGCGAGUAGGUAUUAUCUUCAUUCUAAUUUUAACCAACGAAGGUGAAACAUCUCAAAUACUCGCUACUAAGCGGUGUCAUAUAUUUGAUAUGGAAAUUGAAAAGACGGCUAAGAAAGAUGAAGAAAGUGAUAUUGAUUAUAUUGAAAAAACAAUUGGUGCGUUCGGUUGGUGGCAAGCAAAAGUGUGCAUUCUCGCGUCCUUGACCAGAUUCUUGGCUAUGUGGAACAUGCUAAACAUAAUGUUCCUGACCUACGACAACAGUUUUACGUGUAUUAGAUUCAACGGAACUCAACCAGUGACUGUGACCCCUACAACUUGCUAUGAGAACUGUAUCAAGUAUGAUUUCGAGUUUGAAGAGGGCUUAUUUCUUAAAGGUUUUGUAGAAGAAUUUGGAUUGAUUUGCGAUAGAGCCUGGAUGGCUAGUUUCGCACAGACUAUACUUAUGUUUGGUUUGCUCUUUGGAGUCUCUUUGUUUGGAUGGAUCUCGGACAGAUUUGGCCGUAGUAAAGCGAUAUUUUACUCCGCUUUCCUGGUGGUAGUUUUCAUGUUAGGGUCUUGCUUUGCUCCCGACUAUUGGACAUUCUGCGGUUUACGGUUCCUCACUGGAAUCGCCACUGGUGGCCAGAUGAUUGUUGCUGUUGUUCUGGUGCUGGAGGUCGUGGGAGCCAAAUAUCGCGAGGUUACUGGUGCCUGUAUCUCCUUGCCCGACGGAAUCGCGGAAGCAACCUUGGUGGUAUUCGCCCAUUUUGCCCCCACAUGGCGAGUUUAUCUGCUGUCUAUCUGCACUGUGUCAGCUCUGUUGAUGAUCCUGCAAAUAUUUCUACCUGAGUCCCCGAGGUGGCUGAUGUCUAGGGGGCAAGGGGAAAAGGCAAGGACGAUUAUGAUGAAGGCUGUUGUUUGUAACAACCGGACUUCUACUACUCUUCU